AUGAAUGAGCCGAUAAUAUGGAGUUCGAGUAAUGACGAGUAUAUAUCUUUUUAUUCUUCCUUGUCACAACAUAGACAAAGGAAAGAAUCACUUCUUCUCAGAACCCGGAUUGGUGUGCAUUUAGGAUUUGUGAAAGCUUGGCAUGGAUUAAACUUUGUUCAGUUCCACUGUUGGUCCCUUACAGCAUCUGAGACUGACCAGACGCCACUUGAUGACGAUGCCUGUAGUGAUUCCUUUAAUGUGAAAUGGGUUAUUCCACCACCAGAUGAAGUUCGUGCUCAAGAAAAUUUCAGUGUCACAUACAACCUAGAAGUUAAGCCAAUCUUCUAUGAGUGGGCAGUAUACAUGGGAUAUUUUGAUGGUGUAGGACCAGGUGACCUAACGACAGCGCCACUGGCAAAAACAUGGUGUGAAAACACGGUUUGUCCAACAGCCAUAAACGCAAGAAAGACAAAUUGUUGUGUAUGGCACGUCAAUUUACACUCUUGUCCAAAAGGAUUACAAAAUUUAUGUGGACCGUGGCUGAAACACGAUGGAUCAACUUACACACAUUCGGCUGUAAUAGUUGGACCAGUUGAUCAAGGAAAUUGGACAAGUAUGAUGCCGGGUAUUGUCCAAUAUGGCUCGACAGAUUUGAUUGCCCAUUUCAAGAUUGCUAAUAUGCAACUGGCCUUGCAAGCAACCUUAACAGUUCUUCCAAGAACAGAUUGCGGGCCACUUGAAAAUCCUACAAACGGAAACGUAACUUUCGAAGAGACCUUUGAAAACUCAGAGGCUACGUACACUUGCAAUGUAGGAUAUGUUCUUUCUGGAGGAGACUCGAAACGAGUAUGCCAAGCGGACGGUAAUUGGUCGACUGUGGAUCCAAUGUGUUUGGCUGACUGUGGGCCCCUGAACUCUCCAGCAAAUGGAACUGUAAAUUUAUCAUCUACCACGAAAGGUUCAACUGCAACGUAUUCUUGCUUGAAUGGCUUAACUGUAAAGACAGGAGAUAUGUUGAGAACCUGCGCUUCUGACGGCAGCUGGACUGGAACAAAACCAGUUUGUGAUGUUCCUGGGAGAACACAAGAACCAACAUCAGGAUGUAAACAGCUGUAUGAUAUCACUUGGAUGGCAGUCGUGCUAGCUGUGGUUUUCCAUUAUGUUAUAUAAUACACUGCACUAUAGUUCGUCACUUUGUAUAAAGCCAUGUCUGCUUUUUAAAAUAGAAUCCUGUUGGUUAUUAGGUCGUUAGAGUAAAGGCAGAGAUCCAGUGGUUACACUGUCUUAUGACGAAACCAACGGUCAUGAUUUCGAGUCCCCGUAUCGUACUAGUAUGAUAAAAUCUGUCUGAACAUAUGACUAACACAUCGGAAGGUUAGGCACAGAGGGCAAUGACGAACUAUAUUAUUUGGUCUGUAUCAUUGAAUUUCGUUUAUUUUUGUAUUGUUUAUUUAUUCAUUUGUUUGUUUUGUUUAUGUUUACCUAGUAUAGUAGUAUUUCUUUGAAGUGGCACAAAUAUACCGGUAUACCAGAUCGUUCAAAGUAGAAGUGACGUACAAGGAGUUUAGGUUUGGGGGACAUUACAACAUAAAAAUAUAAAUAAACGUGAAAAAUACUGAAAAAUAUAUAACUUUGUUUUAAACAUUUGUAUCUAAAAAUUACGUGUACAACAUUAUAUCAAAGCAUAUAUAGAAGUUUGGAUGAAAUAAUUCAAGCAUAAACCUUGCAGAUUUUCUCGAAAUUAAAUUUUUUAAGUGUCAGUUUACAUAACUCGACCUGUUAGCCCCUGAAUUUAUGGAUGUGUUACCUGUUACGCUGGCAAUUUGUUAUUAGGUUUCCGUGAUCUAUAAUUUUGCUGUUUUACUUUUGUCUCCUCUAGAUUGGCAAAAACACAUUGUUGGUGUAUCAUUUUAUUUAAGUUUUGUUUUUCAUUAUAUCGCAAGCACAAAGCAAUAUCCUAACAUCCUAAAACUUGGUAUUAUUAUAAUGACCUUUUAACUAUAUAUCUUCAUAAAGUCUUUUGUUUCUAGUUUUUGCUGUGUUUUUUUUUUUCGACUGAAAUCUUCAAGAAAUGGAGAAGAGUUGGUUUUUAAGCUAUUUGCAGAACUGUGUCAGGUCAUGAAUAUAAUUUAACAAAUGUAGUCAGGCAACAUGCACAAUUCUUGUCAUUGCAAAGUAAACAUGUUUUGUAUUUCUACACAUAACCGAAAUACAUACAUCAAUAAAUACACUUAU